AUGCCUUCGAAUACCGCCGCCUGGUUGAUCGCGCCCAAGCAACACCCAUUAGAGGUGAAAGAAGCUCCUCUUCCGGAACCCAAGGAAAACGAAAUCCUCGUCAAGAACCAUGCUGUCGGAAUCAACCCCGUCGAUGGUGGGGUACAAAAAUUGGCCUUCCUACCAAUAACAUAUCCUGGAAUUCUCGGAAAUGAGGUUGCCGGCGAGGUCGUCGCCGUAGGGCCCAACGUUACUCGCUUCAAAGCAGGCGACCGCGUCGCUGGGCACGCGUUGACUAUUUUGACUAUGAAUAGUGAUGAAGGGGGCUUUCAGGAAUAUACCAUCCUGAAAACAAACCUCACAUUCGAGAUUCUUGAUAACAUCUCGUUCGAAGAUGCCGUCGUGCUACCUUUGUGCCUGUCCACAGCUGCAUGCGGUCUUUUCAUUGACUUGAAAUUGCCUCUGCCGACAGUGCCUGCUCAACCGUUUGACGGCAAGACACUGCUCGUUUGGGGCGGGGCAUCUUGCGUUGGCAGUAACGCCAUUCAACUAGCCCGUGCUGCGGGCUACGAAGUCAUCACUACCGCGUCCCCGAAGAACUUUGAAUACGUGCAGACGCUGGGCGCCAGUCAGGCCUUCGACUACAACUCAACGACGGUCAAAGACGACAUCGUCAAUGCUCUGAAGGGGAGGCAACUGGCCGGUAUUCUGGAUUGCAUUGGAUUUGCGGCAACCCCAAUCUGUCUUGACAUAGCUCAAGCGGCCGAAGGAUUCAAGUUUGUGGCCACCACCAAAGCCCGUUUCCCUACUCCGCCUGAAGGUGUGCAGAUUAAACAUAUUAGGGGCGAUGAUCUUUAUGCCCGACCACUUGGCAAAGCAAUCUAUGAGGACUUUUUGCCAGCUGCUUUGAAGGCGGGUUCGUAUAUUACAGCGCCAAAGCCAACGGUGAUCGGCAAGGGUUUAGAGCACGUCCAGGCUGGUAUUGAUCUGGUUGGGAAGGGAGUUUCUGCCACCAAAGUUGUUGUCACGCUGUAA